GGGAAGUUCCAGGAGGAAGCUAACCUGUACGCUGUGAAAACAGCUGUAGAUGCAGCCAGCGUCUCCUCACAGGCCAGCCAGGCCAACUCCCCCGCCACGCCUAACUCAGGUGGAUAUCCAGCACCGUGCUACACUCCUGACGGGAUGUUAUGAGGAGCUGCCUGGAGGAACUCUGUUUCCUCCCCACUGUCUCCAUGUUGAUAGUGGAUGGCAGGACAGCACUGACCACCCCUCUCUCACCCCCCCUCACGGGACACCGGGCAGCGUGCACUCGGACACCUCAAACUGAGACACCAACUCCCCCCAACCCCCCCCUUCCAAACACCCCUCUACCCUUCAAAUUCCCAUUCCUCCACCCUCACACAGCCUCCCCUCUACCCACCCAAUCCCUCAACUGUGUCUCAAACUAACCCAAGUCCCCCCCCCUCACACACACGUUCAGCCGUACCUCAAGCUGAGACAACUCCCCCUCCCUUACCUGUAGCUGAGC